UUUUACCCAUGCCACGUGGCGUACCCCUACUGCCCCAUCACCACUCCUUUUAGUCUGAAGGAGGGAAGUCGAGAUCCAAAAAGACAACUUUGUGUUUGUUUGGUCAAAAUAAAGAACAACUAAACAGUCUGAUUAUUGAUUGAAAUUUGGAGCUACUAUUAAUCAUCAUCAUCAGAAACCCAUUCUGCAAAUAAGUCAAGGUACGUGGGCAACUUCAGAAUUUGAUACAAUUACAAGACUUUAAAUGGAAUCAGCAAGCCAAAGGCGCCUGCACGUGAUUCAAAAUCAUUUUCUUGCCAUUUCAUCUUCAUCCGCAGGGGACACAACUCUCACACUUAAUCAAACUGCUAAUGAAUUCUUUUUGGAGCAAGGUUACAGUAUUGUUCUUCCUGAAAAAUUACAGACAGGAAAGUGGAAUGUUUACAGAUCCAUUUUAUCACCGUUAAAGCUUGUGAGUAGAUUUCAUGAUCAUCCUGAUAUAGCUACGUUACAUGAUAACUUUGUGCAUGCUGCAGAGACUUAUGGUGAUAACAAAUAUCUUGGAACUAGAGUUGGAGUAGAUGGAAUAGCUGCACAGUACAAAUGGAUGACUUACAGGGAAGCAGGUAUUGCUCGCUUGGAAGUUGGUUCGGGUUUAGUGCAUUAUGGAAUACCCAAGGGUUCCUGUGUGGGAAUAUAUUUUAACAACAGACCAGAGUGGCUGAUAAUGGACCAUGCUUGCUCUGCAUAUUCGUACAUAUCGGUUCCUCUAUAUGAUACUCUUGGUCCAGAUGCUGUGAAGUUUAUUGUAAAUCAUGCAUCUGUGCAAGUUAUCUUUUGUGUGUCCGAUACAUUAAAAAAUUUGCUGAGCUUCUUGUCAGAAACUCCUUCUGUGCAUUUGAUAGUGGUGGUCGGAUCAAACGAUGCUCAACUGGCAUCUAUUCCGCAGCAAACUAACGUUGAGAUCAUAACGUAUACAAAACUGCAAAGUGUGGGUCACAAUCACUCAAAACCAUUUGUUCCACCAAAAUCAGAGGAUAUAGCUACCAUAUGCUAUACAAGUGGAACAACUGGGAAUCCUAAGGGCGUUGUGCUUUCCCAUGGAAACUUAAUUGCAAAUCUUGCUGGUGAAAGUCUUCGAAUCAUUCUCAACCCUUCAGAUAUUUACAUAUCAUAUCUUCCUUUGGCUCAUGUAUAUGAACGAUCUACCCAAAUCAUGCUGGCUUAUUUUGGAGUCAGAGUUGGAUUUUAUCAGGGUGAUCCUACGAAAUUAAUGGAUGAUAUGGUAACUCUUAGACCCACUGUGUUCUUUAGUGUACCUCGAGUGCUUAAUAGACUGUAUGCGAGCAUUAUAAAUGCUGUAAAAUCAUCUGGUGGUCUAAGGCAGCGAUUAUUCAAUACUGCCUACAAUGCUAAGAAACAGGCAAUAUUGAAUGGAGAGAAUUCAUCUACGAUGUGGGAUCAUUUGGUCUUCAAUAAAAUAAAAGGAAUGCUUGGGGGGCGAGUUCGCUAUAUAGUAUCUGCUGCCUCGCCAUUGUCUCCUGAUGUUCUAGGAUAUCUAAAAGUGUGCUUCGGUUGUGUAUUUAUAGAAGCUUAUGGAAUGACCGAGAAUUCUUGUGCCAUAAGCUUGAUGGAUGAAGGUGACAACUUAUAUGGCCAGUUGGGGUCUCCAAGUCCUGCAUGUGAGAUUAAGUUAGUAGAUGUUCCCGCAAUGGACUAUACGUCCGAAGAUCAACCUUAUCCGCGUGGUGAGAUUUGUGUAAGAGGGCCAACUGUGUUCCAAGGCUACUAUAAAGAUGAAGCACAAACGAGGGAAAUAAUCGAUGAAGAUGGAUGGCUCUAUACAGGGGAUAUUGGGACAUGGUUGCCUAAAGGUCGCUUAAAGAUUAUUGAUAGGAAGAAAAACAUUUUCAAAUUGGCACAAGGAGAAUAUGUAGCCCCUGAGAAAAUUGAGAACGUAUAUGUCAAUUGCAAGUUUAUUUUUCAGUGUUGUGUGUUUGGCGAUAGCCUGAAGUCCUCAUUGGUUGCUGUUGUCGUGGUGAACCAAGAUGUACUCAAAGCAUGGGCUGCAGUAGAAGACAUAAAGUAUGAAGAUUUAAAACAGCUUUGCAAUGAUCCUAGAACAAGGGCAGCUGUCCUGGCUGACAUGACUCUCGUCUCAAAGAAAGCUCAGCUAAGAGGUUUCGAAUGUGUAAAAGCUGUGACCUUGCUGGUUGAACCUUUUACUAUAGAGAAUGGUCUGGUCACUCCAACAUUUAAGGUCAAGAGACCUCAAGCAAAGGCAUACUUCUCCAAAGCAAUAGCUGACAUGUAUACAGAAAUAUCAGAGUCUUCAUAAACAAGAUUAUUGUAGAUACUGGCAAAAGAAUUUCAUUAAUUAUGUAAUUGCUAAGAUAAAGGUUAUUGAGAUUCCUUAACUUAUAAAUUGGUCAUUUUUGGAUA